CAGGAACUGGGAGCAAAAACAGUGAUGUGUUGGCAUUCUGGAGAAAUGUGGAGCAAAGUACAAUAAAAAACCUCAUUUCUGUCUUCCCGCGGGUCCACGUGCAGCAGGAAGGCUUUCUUUAAUGCAGAAACUUCCACGGAGCGGCUUCACUCUCGAUCAUUAGCAGCAGAAAUUUGUCAUCAGGCUAAGGAAGGAGGAUGGGGAAGAAGGAUGCUGGUGCGACCAAACUACCUGUGGAUCAGUAUCGGAAACAGAUCGGUAAACAGGACUACAAAAAGACAAAGUCAGCCUUAAAGGCCACACGACUGAAAGCUGAGGCUAAGAAGACGUCCUCUGGAUUCAGGGAUGCGUUCCUGGUCAUAGCUGCGAUCCUCUUCUUUGUCCUCUGCAUCUACGCCUUCUUCUACCUCAACCUGAGCACAGAACUGAACCUGGAUGUGGACGUGGACUGAUGAUGGUUCGUGGUUAUACCCACACUGGUUUGGCUUCACGCCUGAAGAUGAGAGCAGUAUGAAGGAGGAAGUUAGAACAUUAACUUACUCUGUCAUGAAGCCACCAGCUACGCUGAAGUCCUGCAUUCUGAUUGGUCCACACAGUCUGUCAGCCUGCUUCAAAACACUCAGUGACACAGUGACUGUGAACUUCCUGUUUAGGAGAAUUUAAUCUGUUAAACUGAGGAACUCAAGCUUUGUAGCAAAAAUGUACACUUUUCUUUCCUUUUCUAUGUUGGAACCCAAGAUGAAACUGAAUUCAAUGCUGUUGUACCAAAACUUGUUGUAUCAUGAGUUUACAUUAAUAAAUCUGGAUUUGAGCUGAUACUAACACCAGUACAAUAAAUACAGCACAUCUUACACAGUCUUAGGCACUAUUUACAUGGGACUCUUAUUACCAGUGGACCUCUGAAUUACCCUGACAUCAGUGUUUGCUGCGUUGCAUUCGCAAAAAAAAUGCAAUGUUGUGCAUGCAUUUGGCAGGUGUCGUACAGUCCAUGUAGUCUUGUAUGUAGCCCAUGUCAACCAGAAUUUACAGUAGGUAACAAGGACAUAUCACAAGCUGUUAAUGAUCAAUAAAUGAGUGAACACUCUCCCCUGGCCCUCCCAGUAUGCAUCAAGGCUGUGUCUAUCACUUGUGUGUAUCUGCAGAGGAAGAGGAAGGAAUAAAGUCUAGCACUGUAAUAUCCUUCCUGUAAAUGUAUGAGAGAACGAGAGGUCUAAUGUUAAAUAUGAACCUCUCUUGUCAUCUAUUACUGCAGUUAAUGCUGUGGAUAUUCUGUACCUUAUUAAUUUCAGACUGCUAUGCACACCAACAACCCUCCUCACACAGAUGAGCUGUUGAAGCCUAAUCCCUGAAUAUUAAGUGACACAUUUCAAAUCGUAAUUUUUAUUUUGCAGGAAUAAAUAAUCCUAAAGUAAGAUCAGGCACAGGUAAAGAGAAGCUGUAGGAGGCAGAGCAGAAGCUGUGUGCACACGUGCACUUGGAAAUUAUAGUUUAUAUUAAUAAAACAAGCAAAAUAAUUUGUCAACAUAAGAUGAAAUGAGCUGAAAGAAAAGCACUAUUGAUGACCAGAUGUGUCAGAACUUUGUAGAUCAGAAAAAGGUACAUGAAAAUUUCACACGGACUGUAAAAAAAAUACAUAAUUACCAUACACACAGAUGCCCAUACACACAGGAUUAGUUUUACCCAUGGACAUCUGUCUGCUGAAUAUGUGGUCGGUUAUUUUCCCUAUAAUUUUUACUCCACAAAUUACAGACAUGGUCGAUUUACAUGGGAGUAAAAACACAAACAUCCCACACAGUUAUUAAGAAUUAGCAGAAGUCCCUAGGUAAUACUAAGCCUGUGCGAAUAGGACUUUACAUGCAGUAUCAUGCAUCAGGGAAAACACCACUCAACUCUCUAAACAACAUCAUGUUUUUUCUUCUUCAAAGCAGACCUCACAGAGCAGUAAAUACAAUCAUAAAACUUUUUUAUGAUUAAAAAAUGUUAAAAAAACGCAAAAAAGACAAUCAUUUUUUCGCUGGCAGAAAAUGAACAGUUGGUUUCAUUCUUAAAAAGUAGAGUGAAGUAUUUGGAUUCAGGCACAGCCAUAUAUUUCUAUAAUUUUGUAUUUGAACUGUUAAAUAAUAUCAAUACUACACUUGAGAUUGUAUAGGAUCAAAUAAGUGCUAUGAAGAUGUUGAAUUUGUAAAAAGAUUGUGUGCACAAUGUCAAUGUUUGCACACGUGCAAAAAAUAUUUGUAACUGCAGAAACAUUUUGAUCAUCUCUACAACAAAUCUACAGUUGUAUAAAAACUGUGCAUGAGUUGAAAAAAAUGUUUGAAGGUAUAAAAUUGUUUUGUGCUACUAGUUCAGAUUUGCAGGUGUGCAAAAAAAAUGUAGCUGAAAUAAUAUUGGUGUUUGUGUACUUUAGAAUUUGUGCCUUAAUAUUUUCAUCCUGAAUAUUUUCCAAAGUCUGAGCUACAGACACACAAAGUUCCUAUCCACAAAUGUGAGCCUAAAGUCACACAGGCUUGGAUUCACAGUUUUAUUUUUGCAUGUCUGCAAAUCUGCACAAAAUAAUUUUACAAACUUUUUUUUCUACUCAUGCACUUUUUUUUUUUACAACUGCAGAUUUGUUUUACAGAUGCACAAAAUGUUUCUGCAUGUUGAUUUUUUUUUUGGACAUGUGCAAACAUUAACAGACAGAUACAAAAUCUUUCACAGAUUCAAAAUAUUUACAACCCUUAUUUGAUCUCAUACAGAUCAUUUGAUGUACAUGCUGAGAUAACAUCACUCCCUCUCUUGUGAAAUUGCUUAAUCAUAUCAAGAAAAAUCUGAACUAUUAGGCACUAUUUACUUUUAUUGCACUGUUAUUAAAGGAAACAUGCAGAUAUCAGAAUAGCUGUCUUCUAACAUCUUUAGAUAGUAGUAGUUUGUCUUAUAUCCCUUGCCUUCAUGUGAAAUGAAGCUCCAGUUCUCAUUCCUUAUAAGACUGUUGGUGCCAUCUUGAUAAAAGUCUGACUGAGAUUGUCUUAAAUUCAGCAGAAAAAUCUUUUUUUCCAGCACAGAAAAUUAGCGUCUUUUUACUCAAGUCUUCCAAACUGCAGUUGAGACGUUGCUCUGUUUAAUCGUAUUCAUUGUCGAGUCCCUCUGUUGUCUCCACUAAUAGAAAAAUGUAAAUCUUUCCGCUGAAGCUCUUGUCGCAUCGAGGCAAACACUCGCCUCACAUUCCAGUGCACAAACCUCUCCUGGUGGAUAUCUGCGGAUCACGGAGUGUGAGAUUAGAAUCCACAAAGCCCUCGCCCUGAUUGAACAUGUGUGCAGAAUACAGAACAACAAUUUCUACCUGCUGCACAUACAUGUGUCCUGCAUGGAGGCGGGAUUAGCAUUACAAAUUUGAUCCAUUUGGUUUAUUUGUGUGGAGAUGGCUGAACAGAGGUCAGGAUGCAUGUUUUUCAUGAGGAACACGGUGAUCAUUUUUCUUCUUUGUUAAGUGUUUGAAAUAAGAGGAUUUUCUAAGCCCCUUUAUUAUGCCACUGCUGAACUCUUUAUGCUGACAGGUACAAGGGCUGACCUUUCAAUCACCAUGUCAACCAGCAGAGUGCAGACUCAUCGUCUUAUUCAAUCAUUUUUCUAUUUUUUCCACAGCUAACAUUGCACUCUUGUAAGUCAUCAAAUGCAUUGUUUUUGCUUUUAAUUGCGCUAA